AUGAUCAAUCAAACAUUUGCGGCAAUCCCAGGAGGCAUUGAGUACGACGCCGUUUACCCAGCAGCAGCGAACCAGACAGCGUAUUUCGGCGCUGACGAUGUCACUCGCUACAUGAACAAUGGUCUGCAGAAUUGUCCCCAGCAGCAGUAUGCCAUUCUAGGAUACAGCCAAGGCGCAUCAGCAACAAUGCUCACACUCAACAACAUCACGGACCCGUCUUCCGCCGCGUACAAAGCCAUCAAAGCCGUUCUCGUAGUAGGCAAUCCAUACCAUGUCGCUGGUGCUUCUGUAAACGUCGAUGAGAACGGCGGCAACGCCACGAAGAAUUUCCCAGGCGUAGUGUACAACGCCAACAGCGCCGGCAGCAGAGGCAUACCACAGAUCUAUUACGACAAUGGAGAGCUAGUGGAUAUAUGUCAUACGGAAGAUUCGAUAUGCGCACCUGCGUAUCCGAAUGCGAGCUUUAUACCCGGGCAUAUACAGUAUGGGAAGCAGAACGUGCAGGACAUGGGCGCGAAGUUCCUCAUUGAACGGCUCGGAGGCAACAGCACCAAUCCCUCAGCCACGUCAACCGCGACAGGAAGCACCGGCUCGCCCACUGGUGUGCAGCCUCCACAGUACACUGGUGGGGCGGACAUGGUAUCGAUGAGCUUCGUUGCGGCUCUGAGCGGGACGUUCGCGCUGUUCUUGUAA